CCAGUCCGGCUCACAGCGGGCUCGCGUCCUCUUACCCCAAGGCUCUCCCUAACCCAUGCUCCUCUAAGGAGGAGGUCAGGCCCUUGUCCCCAGCACCCACUGUCUUGCAGGGGGAGCCCAGAAAUGGCAAAGGCCGCUCCCAGCCAGGUCCCCUCCCCUCUUUUCCUCCGGUCACUUAGUCCCCAGAAUCAGAGGUUGGCUCACCUACUCUACUGGAGUUGAUCAUUCCCACAGGGCUGGGACUGUCACUGGACUAAUGGCAGUAAUCACCACUGUGACAGUAGUGUGCCAGACUCAUGAGUAGCAGUUCAUAUGACAACUCUGGGAGUGAGGGAAGGAGGAGCUAUUAUCACCUGCCUUUUGCAACUUCAGAAAGACACAGUGGUUUCUGCAGAGCUUUGUUUUGAGAGCUAGACAGUUGCCCUCUGCAGGCGUGGAAAGAUGUCCCAUGCCCGGGUCUCCAUGUACCUGCCCCCUGACAUUAACCCUGCUCAGGCCUCCAUUGCCUAUGGCUGUAGGGCCUUGCCCAAGCUGAAUGAGGAGCUGCAGUCGGAGGACCUGCUAACGAGGCAGAAAGCCCUCAUGGCUCUGUGCGACCUCAUGCAUGACCCUGAACAUGUCUAUGCGGCCAUUGACAUAGGCUGCCUGGAGAGCCUGAAAGCUUUGCUGAAGGAUAAUAAUGACAUGGUGCGGAUAAAGGCCACCGAGGUGCUCUCCAUCAUGGCGACCCAUAACGUGGGCAGAGAGGGCUUUUUAAAGCAUGAUGUCAUCCUUGCCUUGGCCUACCUGCUGAAUGACCCUCAGUCAGCCUGUCGAGAGAACCUGCACCUGGCAUUGAAGCACGUGGCCCAGCUUCCCUCAGGAGCCCAGGGCAUUGUCAACAGCGGCCUGAUUCCUUCCCUGGUGUGGAAGCUGCAGAGGGAGGAGGAAGAGAUCCAAGGGCUCCUCCUGGACACACUGGCGGCCUGCCUGUUGGAGGAUCCCACUGAGGCGCUGAGUAACCGCGUGGUGCCCUUCCUGAAGCAGAAGCUCCUCAGCACCAAUGAUGACAUUCGCAGCAAAGCUGCCUGCAUGCUCACUGUGGUCAGCAUCCCUCUGGAGGGCAAGAACCAGGUGUGGCAGCAUGAUGUCAUCCCCAUCCUGGUGCACCUGCUGAAGGACAAGAUGGAGGAGGUGCAGGCCAAUGCUGCCGGGGCCCUCAUGUAUGCCACGAUGACCACCCAAGGGAAAUAUGCUGCCCUGGACGCAGAAGCCAUCCACCCGCUCCUGAACCUGCUGUGCUCAUCCCUGAGCAAGGCACGCUUGAACGCCACCAAGGCCCUCACCAUGCUGGCCGAGACCCCUGAGGGCCGCAAGUUUCUGAGAUCUCACGUGCCCGUCUUCCGCACCCUCGAGGAAGACACUAGUGAGGCAGUGCGGCGGGCAGCCCGGACUGCUAUCAAAGUCAUCGAGUGGAAACCCUGAGCCUCUUGCUGGGCCAGACCUAAUAAGCUGCUUACCUAAUAAAUGGUAAGCUUACCUAAUAAAUGGCUGAAUCUCUUUA